ACUUAUAAAAGGCGGCGGCGGCCCCGCGGACUUCCCGACGACGCGAUGGCGGCGACGGAGCGCACUUGGCGGCGACGCCUCUUCUUGUUCCUGAGCGUGUGCGUCCUCAAGGGAGACGGCAGAUACAUCGAGGAUAACGACGUCCUCAAGGAUGAAUUGUAUUCCUUCUUCAACUCGGAGCCGCGCGGGGAGACGACCCAGCAGGAGUUGAUCGUGUACCGACGGCCACUCCGUUGCGUGGACAUGGCGGCGGCGGAGGGUCGCUUCACCUUCUCGGCCGAGCAUCCCCAGCUCAACUGCGCCGCCUUCUUCGUGGCUGAGCCCGACGAGGUCGUCGGCGUGGAGUUGGACGGCGUCGACGUCGACUGCCAGGCGGGCGACUUCGUCACGGUGUUUGACGGCUGGGUGAUGAACGGCGAGAAGUUCCCCAGCUCACAGGACCACCCGCUGGGCCCCCGCGAGCGCUACGUGAACUACUGCGAUCCCGCCACCUCCGCCAGGACAAGCGUGCGCUCCUCGCAGAACGUGGCCAUGAUCUUCUUCCGCGUGCACAACGCUGGCAGCGGCUUCACCGUCACCUUCAGGAAGCUCGCCAACCCUUCCCCCUGCAACAUCAUCUCGCAGUCACCACGGGGCACUUUCACCAUGGUGACCCCCCAGCAGCGCAGGAACUGCAGCUUCUCCGUCGUCUACCCAGCAGAGGUCGACGUCCACGAAUUUUCCUCCUUGGGACUCCGCGGCAAUUUUCCCAAGUGGCCUACGUCCGAAUGCGCGUCCGACUCGGAGGACGUUGUCCAGCUUCUGGGGGGGAACGGUUUGGACACGUCGAAAAUGCUCCCGGUCAAGGAGCUCUGCAGCGCCUCCGCUGGGUCGAGCCACGCCAAGGUGGGCUGCGACAACACGGUGGUGCGCUUGGUGUCCAGCGGCCGCUACGUCAACAAGGUGUCCUUCAGCUACCGCUCGCUGGACGGGCAGGAGCUUCAGCGGCUCCGGGUCAACAACGUGGAGGAUUUCUGCUUCCCCAACUGAUCCCUCCCGUCUCGGCAACCCCAAAGACCGAACGCGAACGGGGAAUAUCGACCCCCGCCCUCUCAACCCGUCACGUUUGUUCAAUAAAGUCGUCGUCACUGUCAUUUUUGUGAUGAACGGUGCUAAAGUGAAUACAAACUACUUGUUGUCAGAGUGAUAUUAAUAAAUUACAAAUACCUUCAUCGGCAUUUGUAUGCACAGGCUUUUUUUAAAAAAAAAAAAAAAAAACGAUACUGCAUGGUAAAGCAAUUAUUCUUGGUGUUUCUUGUUGAU